AUGGCGGACUAUGAAGGCCACAAGAGCUUCUUGUACGGUCAUGGAAUGAGCCUUUUCAUCACCGCAAUUGUGCUCUGUCCUAUUGGCUUCAUUUUGACCAUCUGGCGUAUGGUCUCCAAGCAGAUCUACAAUGUCAAAAUACCUUGGGUGCCAGCAGAUUAUGCCUUGGUUUUGGCUGUCCUAUUCAAUAUCGGCCUCAACUUGGUCGGGUGCAUUGGUGUUGAAUACGGCGGAGGUAAGCAUUCUUGGGAGGUCAAUGCACACGAUAAGAUGAUUGGCAGUCAGCUUGGCUAUGCCGGCCAGAUCUUCUACAAGCUGACCAUUAACUUGGUCAAGCUCUCAUUCCUCCUAAUCUACCGCAACUUCUUCUGGGGUCGUCCCUUCAAGAUCAUCGACAACAUUCUGAUCGCGUGGGUUUCUCUAUACAUGGUCGGGAGCAUUCUUGUCUCCAUCUUUGAAUGCAAUCCGGUGCGCUACGCAUGGGACAAGUCAAUCCACGGGAAGUGCUUAGACCUCACCAUCUUCUUUCGCGUCAAUGCCAUUCAGAACAUCAUCACCGACAUCUUGAUCUUUUUAAUUCCGAUCCCAUACAUCUGGAAGCUUCCCGCUGUAUCGGCCCGCCAAAAGGCUGGUAUGAGUGUCGCCUUCGCAGCCGGCUUUGUCACCUGCAUCGUGAGCAUUCUUCGUUACACGACGCUCAAACACCAUGCAGAUUCCUAUGACGGCCUAAUUUCUUCGAUCUACAAUUCGGUCGAGCCGUGCACCGCGAUCAUCGCUUGCACGAUUCCCACCCUCAAAGCUGCCAUCGAGGAUCUACCUGGAGUCAUCAAGCGUUGGUGCACUCCCAAAUCCCGUCGCGAGCCUCCAGACGCCGAAAAGGUACGCAAAGGGCAAGAAUUUCUUAAGCCGGACAACGGCCUAUCAAGCAAGCAUUCUAGCUACGGCAAACUUGCGGAUGACAAGGAUGGAAAAGAUGGCUUCCGUGAGCGCCUCACCAAUAAGGAUGACAUUGAGAUGGGGCCAAUUGGGAAGACUAAAUCGGGAAACACCCGCAUCGGUGCUGCUUCCUAA